CAGAGUCGGACUGCUGUUGAUGGUGACAGGCUGCCGGCCUCGAUCACUUCUUACGGCGUCAACCAUGGCCAGCGCCAAGGCGCCUACCGUGCGGGCGAUGUGGUCGAAAAGUGGGUAGCGGUGGUGUAUAGAAAUCUCAGGCCGCAGCUGAGGUUCUCUGGCAUCGUCCUCGAUAGCAAACCAGUUGAGGACGAUGAGCAUGAGCUGAGUCAGGGUGCGACGGGUCGCGAUGACAGCCACAGCCUGGAACCGGACGCGAAGCCGAAGGAAGAACCAGCAGAGGAGCCCGCCACUGACGCUAGCGCCAAGACACAGCUGCCAGCUUCUACGGUGCGCAGGGUAGAGCUGCGCCCCGGGGUCGAGUACAUGACGUCACACGACUUGGAGACUAAGUUCAUCGCACGAGACUACAGCCUGCACCGCGCCAGCUGCUCUGUCGAGAAUCGCAGGCCGGCGCUGCGGUUUAGAAUUGGCGAAGAGUGGAAGCCGGUCACUGCCGACAAGGCUAACACUGUGAUCAAGCGGGCACGCAAAAAACAAAGAGGGAAAACAGGGCUGCCAACUGAUUACUUCAGUGACAGUGACGAAGAAAGCGGCGGCGCAAGUGGAGACGCGAGCGAAGCAGGAGCAGGGAAGCGAAAGGCAACAGGGAAAAAGCGUGGCAAGCCCAGAAACUGGGUCGUUCAUGAAAAUGCAAGACUGUACCGAAAGGCGCGGAAGGCGAAGAACAAAGGCGUCAGCGGAGCGGAUGGCGAAGACGCUCUGCUGCUUCUGCAGGCAGAUCAGUGCGCGCGAGGAGCUACUCGUCCAGCGGUUGCGCAGGGAACUAAGCGGUCAGCAUCAGAGCAGAAGCCCCAGGACCCGGGUGCAGCUGCUGCGGAUCAGGGAAGCAGACCUGGACGUGGUGAACCGCAUCGAAGCAACGACGCAGUGGCUUCUGGCCGACCCCAGACUCCUUCUGCCAGCUCGGACAAUCGCUCCACUGCAGCUAAAGUCUUGGAUAUCCAGAAGCAGAUCAACAUCCAGGGGGACCUACUCGGCGAAACUUGGAUAAUAAUGCGAAAAGCCGACAACAAUCUCAAAGCUGAGUGGCGUCGCGACACCCUGGAAGGGAGGCUAUACGGUCGUCUGCUGGCCACUCACCCACUUGAGCUUCGCGCCGCUACCAAGGCAGACGAGCGUGGAGGCACGACAAGGACCAUCAGCCAGGGAACUGGAAGGGCAGAGGCGAUUCUAACUGUGUGGGUGUGCCGUGUGCGGUUUAUCUUGCGAUGGUGGUCGAGUAAGCCGAGAAUGAAGAAGCCUGAUGAAAAGGUGAAAAUUCUUAUGGCUUUAUUUUUCGCGUAACUACUAGCUUUUCUUAAACUACUCCUCUUAUCCUUGUAUAGUAUUAAUUGCUUCUGAUUUCGAGUGAGGUGACUCGAUGUGUGUAGAUGGCAGGUCUUAGUAGGUAGCUCGGGUUUUGAAUAUGGGUAGGCUGGUAGGCGCUUCUUCAUUGCAGAUGUUAUUUAACGUUCAAAAGCAAAUUUAGAGGCGUCUCCGAUUGCUAGUGCUGUCUCUGUGCUUGUACUUAGGGCCGUCACAUCAAAAGCACAGCUUUUAUAGAAAUUUUAGCACCGGAGCGCGCCGUUUGAUACUUCGAAAUAGUUUGGGUGAAGCGUAGAGUUUUUCUAUUACUAUUAGAGGGAUGGUCAUUGAUUGUUCUCGUGGUGAUUCUGCUGAGUAUAGUGAAGUGAAAUGAUGAUAGUAGACGGUGCGCAGUCUUCGCAUUUUAUUGAAGUGUUUAGUUUUUCAAUGAGAUACUGGCUAUGCGUUUCUUCUUCCAAAUUCCUUUCAUCUGUCUGGACGAAUUUCGAAACUGGAUGAAGCAAGCGCUGGCUUUCGCUGAUGCAAAGGGCUGCGCGACUGAGACGAUAAAGCACUGGUGGAUGUUGGGGAAGGAGGACCUCUACUUUUUGGAUUUGCCACCGGCCACACAGGGGCUUGGGGUAACAAGGUCGUGGUCUAUGCGCCAGCAGCAGUUGGAGAAAAGCCGCCCAGCGACUGCGGUGUCAAAAACUGCCACACGAUGGACAGCGCUACGAUCAGUGUCCAAGGCGAGCUCGAGCAAAGCAGGCAAAUCAGCGUCAACAACUCAGAAGGGAAAAGCCGCAUCUGUUAUAAAGUCAAACGAUAAGCAACAGGCUAAGUCAACAGCAGCACCAGCAAACGCCAGAGCUUCCCGUCCACCGCAGCGCGCCUUGUCUUCGUCUUCUUCGGCGGACGGAAAGACUAUCGCAGGAGCAGGACGACUUGCAGCGACGGUUUCUUUUAAGGAUGGCGAAGCCUUCAAUCCAUCUAUAGCUACGAUAUCUAUAGCGACUGUGUGGAUUAUUUUCAUCAAUAGCGUCGUGGUAUAAGGUGUAUGGAUUGCAGGCAUAAGCAGCACUAAUUCCAUGAAUGGUGAGCCUGCGUCAGUCGCUUCUGCAAGAGGGAACUCGAGCGGCGUAUCUAGUAGUACAAUAAGAGAAACUCGCCAGGCACCUCCAACGGCAGCGGCAAGCUCUAGUACAAGUCGUUCAGCGAUUCUGCAGCAAGCUAAUGAGGAUGAUAGCAAACGCGGCAAACGAGUUAGUCCUCAACCUGACUGCAUUGGCAUCGCGCGAGCGUCGAGGCUGGAUACAGCGAGCGACGACGAAGCAGAUGAUGUCGUUCUCGAGUUAGAGGAAGAAUAUGAUGAUGUUGAGCAAGAGCUAGAUAAUUUUUUUGCCAAUGACGAUAUUGAUGACAAUAUGGCACAAGAUUCAUGAUCAUAAAUCGAGUUUGUGGCUAGUCGGGUCGUAAUUAUACAACGUGGCGCUUCAGAGAAUAGCUCAUUGUAGAUAUUAACUCGUGGAUGUUUCACUACUUAAGAUGGUACUUGAAUGAUUGGGAGCGUAACCACAGCGAUCAGCAUUCCGUUAAUUUCUUGUAGUAACGUGCCGAAAUAAAAAUCUUGAUCAUGAUGAAGCUGAUAGAUAGGCACUUGCAUUAUAUUUUUUUCCGUUUUCUUAUACUUACUAGAAGUAUCUUCAAUCAAAAUUGACAAGAACACUAUGCCCCGUAUGCGUUGCUAAAGCUAAGUCCCAUGCAUUUUAUCGAGGAUUCUUCUUCUAUUUAUCAAAGUGAAAUGUAGUUGCAUCGUUUCUUCGAGUAAAAGUAGAUUUAGAUAGAUCAAGUUGUGACGUGUAGCACUGUCUUGUUGGUCGUCUGUUCGGAACCUCAUGGCAAUUUCUCUUGAAUGCUGCCAGCCAAUUUGCAAAAAUCAAGGCGAUGGCGUCUGGGUGUCCAUCAUGCAAGAAAGAAGAAGUGUGAUUCUGAGGCGUUGAGUGAUCACUAUCAGGCAACGUCUAGGUUUACUGUCGCUUACCUCUGUAUGAAAGUAAGAACCUCUUCGACAAGAUGACUUAGAACGAUCCACAUUGAAUUCUUUCCAUGAAGCGAGAUAAAGAGGCCACUUUAUUUAUGCAUGUGAAACGCCGUCAACGAAAUGGAAAUCAAUCGAAAGUGCGUUCAUGUUGUCAAUGGAAUUCCAUUCGUGACUGUCGAACUCGUUGCAUCAAAAAAAGGAAGUUGCGAGG